GCUAGCGUGCUACCGAACAGUGCAGUUCAUUUUUGGGACCGCACGAUGAAGAACAUCAUGAAGUAUUAUAGACUUAUUCCGCUACAGCGUUUUGACAACAUCACUGGGAGCUAGGGGCGUCUUUUCUCCUACACUGCGGGUCCGCCCUGACCCCUCGGUGUCAUUGUUUGGAUGGACUAACGUUAGAGCUAGCCCCGCUGUUUGAGACUUCCCGAGCGGGCACAAACGGGACACUCGGCUAGCCGCUGCUAAUGAUUCUGCUGGAACAUUAGCUUGGCAGCUAACCGGUUGGCAUUAGCUAACUGACAGAGUUGGUCGACAACACUCAUCUGAUAAUUACCAGGCUCUGAAAAUAGCAGAUUUGUUGGCACGACCAUGCCUCCAAGGCCCUCCUCAGGAGAACUAUGGGGGAUGCACUUGAUGCCCCCCAGCAUCCUCGUGGACUGCCUUCUGCCAAAUGGCAUGAUUCUCACGUUGGAGUGCCUCCGGGAGGCCACGCUGAUCACAGUCAAGCAUGAGCUAUUCAAAGAGGCCAGGAAGUACCCGCUUUACCAUCUGCUGCAGGAGGAGAGCUCCUACAUCUUUGUCAGUGUAACGCAGGAGGCUGAGCGGGAGGAGUUUUACGAUGAGACCAGGAGGCUGUGCGAUCUCAGGCUCUUCCAGGCCUUCCUCAAAGUCAUCGAGCCAGUGGGAAACAGGGAAGAGAAAAUUCUCAACAGAGAAAUAGGUUUUGCGAUUGGAAUGCCCAUAUGUGAGUUUGAUCUGGUGAAGGACUCGGAAGUGCAGGACUUCAGAAGGAACAUUUUAAAUGUUUGCAAAGAGGCCGUAGACCUCAGAGACUGUAACGGACCCCACAGCAGAGCGCUGUAUGUGUACCCCCCCAAUGUAGAAUCCUCUGUGGAACUCCCCAGGCACAUCUAUAACAAGCUAGAUAAAGGUCAAAUCAUUGUCGUAAUAUGGGUGAUCGUGUCGCCCAGCAAUGACAAGCAGAAGUACACCCUGAAGAUCAACCACGACUACGUGCCGGAGCAGGUGAUCGCCGAGGCCAUCCGUAAGAAGACGCGCAGCAUGCUGCUCUCCCAGGAACAGCUGAAGAUGUGCGUGCAGGAGUAUCAGGGGAAGUACAUCCUCAAAGUGUGCGGCUGUGACGAGUACCUGCUGGAGAAAUACCCUCUGAGUCAGUACAAGUAUGUGCGCAGCUGCAUCAUGCUGGGACGGAUGCCCAACUUGAUGCUAAUGGCGAAGGACAGCUUGUAUUCCCAGCUGCCCAUAGACAACUUCACCAUGCCGUCAUAUGCCAGGCGGAUAUCCACAGCCACGCCCUACAUGAACGGGGAAACAGCCACCAAGUCUCUGUGGAACAUCAACGGAACGCUGAGGAUCAGAAUACUGUGUGCCACCUACGUCAAUGUCAACAUCAGAGACAUUGACAAGAUCUACGUGAGGACCGGGAUAUACCACGGUGGAGAGCAGUUGUGUGACAACGUCAACUCCCAGCGCGUUCCCUGCUCCAACCCCAGGUGGAACGAGUGGCUGAACUACGAAAUGUACAUUCCAGACAUCCCCCGUGCCGCCCGGCUCUGCCUCUCCAUCUGCUCUGUGAAAGGAAGGAAGGGAGCUAAAGAGGAGCACUGUCCUCUCGCCUGGGGCAACAUCAACCUGUUUGACUACACCCACACACUCGUAGCAGGGAAGAUGGCACUCAACCUGUGGCCUGUCCCACACGGCCUGGAGGACCUGCUCAACCCCAUCGGCGUCACAGGCUCCAACCCCAACAAGGAAACCCCCUGUCUAGAGCUGGAGUUCGACCACUUCAGUUGCCCUGUCAAAUAUCCUGAUAUGACCAUCAUCGAGGACCACGCUAACUGGAACAUUUCCAGAGAGCUGGGCUUCAAUUAUUGCCACACCGGUUUGAGUAACAGACUGGCGCGUGACAACCCCCUGACCGACACCGACAACGAUCAGCUACGCCAAGUUUGUAACAGAGACCCGCUGUCUGAGAUCACUGAGCAGGAGAAAGACUUCCUCUGGAGGCACAGACAAGACUGCGUCAACAUGCCGGAGAUCCUUCCCAAGAUCCUCCUGGCUGUGAAAUGGAACUCCAGAGAUGAGAUUGCACAGAUGUACUGCCUCCUGAAGGACUGGCCUACCAUCAAGCCGGAGCAGGCUAUGGAGCUGCUGGAUUGCAACUUCCCCGACCCUAUGGUCCGAGACUUUGCCGUAAAGUGCCUUGACAAAUAUCUAACUGAUGACAAACUCUCGCAGUACCUCAUUCAACUUGUUCAGGUCCUAAAGUAUGAGCAGUACCUUGACAACCCUCUUGCACGCUUCCUACUGAAAAAGGCAUUAACCAAUCAGAGGAUAGGACAUUUCUUCUUCUGGCAUUUAAAGUCGGAGAUGCACAACAAGACGGUGAGUCAGCGUUUCGGCCUGCUGCUGGAGUCGUACUGCCGGGCCUGUGGCAUGUAUCUGAAGCACCUGAGCAGACAGGUGGAGGCCAUGGAGAAACUCAUCAAUCUCACUGACCUCCUCAAACAGGAGAAAAAAGAUGAGGCGCAGAAGGUUCAAAUGAAGUUUCUGGUGGAGCAGAUGAGAAGGCCUGACUACAUGGACGCCCUGCAGAGCUUCACCUCCCCCCUGAAUCCCGCACAUCAGCUGGGAAACCUCCGCCUGGAGGAAUGCAGGAUGAUGUCAUCAGCCAAGCGGCCUCUGUGGCUCAACUGGGAAAACCCGGACAUGAUGUCAGAGCUGCUCUUUCAGAACAACGAAAUCAUCUUCAAAAAUGGAGAUGAUCUGAGGCAGGACAUGCUGACGCUGCAGAUCAUUAGGAUAAUGGAGAACAUCUGGCAGAACCAAGGCCUUGAUCUCAGGAUGCUCCCGUACGGCUGCCUGUCAAUUGGAGACUGCGUGGGCUUGAUCGAGGUGGUGAGGAACUCUCACACCAUCAUGCAGAUCCAGUGCAAAGGAGGCCUGAAGGGGGCGCUGCAGUUCAACAGCCACACGCUGCACCAGUGGCUCAAGGAUAAGAACAAGGGGGAGAUGUACGACCAGGCUAUAGAUCUGUUCACGCGCUCGUGUGCGGGCUACUGUGUAGCCACAUUCAUCCUGGGCAUAGGGGACAGACACAACAGCAACAUCAUGGUCAAAGAUGACGGACAGCUGUUCCACAUAGACUUCGGUCAUUUCCUCGACCACAAAAAGAAGAAGUUUGGCUACAAGAGAGAGCGCGUGCCCUUCGUGCUCACACAGGACUUCCUGAUCGUCAUCAGCAAAGGAACUCAAGAGUGCACCAAAACAAGGGAGUUUGAAAGGUUCCAGGAAAUGUGCUACAAGGCGUACCUGGCCAUCCGGCAGCACGCCAACCUCUUCAUCAACCUGUUCUCCAUGAUGCUGGGCUCCGGGAUGCCCGAGCUGCAGUCCUUCGACGACAUCGCCUACAUCAGGAAGACCCUGGCUUUGGACAAGACGGAGCAGGAGGCCCUGGACUACUUCAUGAAACAGAUGAACGACGCUCACCACGGCGGCUGGACCACCAAGAUGGACUGGAUCUUCCACACCAUCCGCCAGCACGCCAUGAACUAAAGCAACACCAGAGAGGGCUGUGGCAACCUCUGCACACUGAGAACCAAAACAACAUCGAGAAGAGAGGUGGUGUUCUGUCAGGGUGUGACUCUGAAGGUGAAAUAAGGGUGCUCAGAAGGGACAAUUUCAGGGACACCAUGCCUAAACGCCCCUGUUCUACAGGUUUAGGAACUUCAGAAGGCAGGGUGGAGUUGUAUUUCAUCAGUCUUCUUCAUAGGAACUAAGCAAGUGUAAUGGACCUGGACAACGUUGGCCUUCUUCCUCGUGUGAACAAACUACCGGCAACAUUUUAUUUUUUUUAUUUUAUUUGUAUUCCCUUUCGGUACAUCUACAACCAUCAGCAUUAACACAUUUAAGCCGCGAAAGCGUUGCUGCAUUUCUACCAUUAAAACCGAGAGCGUCAUUCUACCAUUGAAGCCGGGAAAGCGGAUACGUCGUUUUCUGGUACAAGAGCUCUGUGGUAUAUUUUUGCAUUAAUUAUCGGCCUCUUAGCUCAAUGAAAUGCAUCAGAAUAUACACGUGGCAUUGAUUGGAUUUUUUUCUAACAAUCAUGGCCGACUUAGACUACCGCGGAGGGAAUUCUGAAGUUAGUGAAGGUAGGGAUAUUGACGAUCUGCACAGCGCUGAUGACAUUACUGCUGACUACUUUGAACCCGUCGAAAUGGUUAAGACGUAUGUUUGAAGACGGCGACGAUGAUGACCAUGAGUUUGAAGGUUUUGAAACCGAGUGGAGGACGGAGAAUUACCACUCUAAUCCACAGAGUUUUUUCAACCGCACCCCAGGGGGGAAAGUUGAUUUACCUGCAGAGACCACUCAUGAAAGCCACAGCUGUAAGCUCUCAAACACUUUUUGAAUUUUGUUUCUAUCUGCUACAGAGGCUGAGAAAUCAAUUAGUAGGCGUUGACACAAUUGCUGAAUUUCCAGAAACACUUCAGGUUUUAGGGGGUUCUUCUAAAAUCGCCCAUAGGUUUUCCAGGCAUUUUUUCCAGGCAUUUUAGGCCUAAAUGGGUUAAGGAAGGAGCAUCAUGAAGCGGUGUACCUUGCUCACAGCCAGCUUUUUCUAAGAUUUCCACUACCUAUUUUGGGGAUUUCACACACAGACUGAAAGGGGACGAUAAGAAAAAAAACUCUACAACACUACGACAGGACUGACGAAGGACGCGUUGUUAAGCUAGCAUUUAAUGCUUCUGGUGCAAACUCAAAUCCCAUGGUCAGUUUGACCCCACAGUUUUGAAUUGACGCUACAGAACAGACUUUUGUACAGCAGUAUAUCCAUAGACUUGUAUGCAUUCAGUGCACAUAUUCCUUUUUUUUCCUACUGAGCCAAAGUACUACAUGUGUAACCCCCCCCCCCCCAUUACUCAGCAGUCUUAUUGUGUGAACAAAAAAAAAAUAGUCACUACUAUUCCAAGCCUCUCGUGUGUACUCAUAGCACUGAUCUCCGCAGUAUUUGUUUUUGUCUAUCAGUAUUAUUCUGUGUCAGAUGUCGAGGGAACUAAUGUCCGUCAACCCCCCUCCCAUGCAAACUGGGCGCAGACGGACCCGAGAAAGGAUGGUACACAUGUUGUGAGUUGUUGUCGAGCUGGUAAAAGGCGAGAGACGCGGAGGGAGACGUACAGUGCUGGGUCGCAGUGCUGCGCUGUUACACUAUGCAAGUUAUGUUAUACAGUGGGGCAAAAAAGUAUUUAGUCAGCCAUCAAUUGUGCAAGUUCUCCCAUUUAAAAAGACGAGAGAGGCCUGUAAUUUUUGUCAUAGGUAUGCCUCAACUAUGAGAGACAAAAUGAGAAAAAUGUGAUUUCCUGGAUUGUUUCCCCCAUUCUGUCUCUCAUAGUUGAUGUGUACCUAUGAUGAAAAUUACAGGCCUCUCUCAUCCAUCCAUCUUCUCCCGCUUUUCCGUCAGGGUCGCCGAGGUAACAGCUCCAGCAGAGAGCCCCAAACUUUCCUUUCCCUGGCCACCUCAACCAGCUCUGACUGGGGGAUUCCAAGGCGCUCCCAGGCCAGUGAAGAGAUAUAAUCCCUCCACCUGGUCCUAGGUCUACCCCUCGGUCUCUUCCCAGCUGGACGUGCCUGGAACACCUCCCUAGGGAGGCGCCCAGGUGGCAUCCUCACUAGGUGCCCGAACCACCUCAACUGGCUCCUUUCAACGCGAAGGAGCAGCGGUUCUACUCCGAGUCCCUCCCGGAUGACUGAACUUCUCACCUUAUCCCUAAGGGAGAUGCCAGCCACCCUGCGGAGAAAUCCCAUUUCGGCCGCUUGUAUCUGCGAUCUCGUUCUUUCGGUCAUGACCCAUCCUUCAUGACCAUAGGUGAGGGUAGGAACGAAGAUGGCCCGGUAGACAGAGAGCUUUGCCUUCUGGCUCAGCUCUCUUUUCGUCACAACGGUGCGGCAAAGCGACUGCAGUACCGCUCCCGCUGCUCCGAUUCUCCAGCCCACCUCACGCUCCAUUGUUCCCUCACUCGAGAACAAGACCCCGAGAUACUUGAACUCCUUCACUUAGGGUAAGGCUUCAUUCCCUACCUGGAGUGGACAGUCCAUCGGUUUCCUGCUGAGAACCAUGGCCUCAGAUUUGGAGGUGCUGAUCCUCAUCCCAGCCGCUUCACACUCGGCCGCGAACCGAUCCAGUGAGUGCUGAAGGUCACAGACCGAUGAAGCCAUUAGGACCACAUCAUCUGCAAAAAGCAGUGGUGCAAUCCUUAGCCCACCGAACUGCAAACCCCCUCCCCCACGACUACGCCUCGAAAUCCUGUCCAUGAAUAUCACAAACAGGAUUGGUGACAAAGCGCAGCCCUGGCGGAGGCCAACCCUCACCGGAAAACGGUCCGACGUGCUGCCGAGAACCCGGACACAGCUCUCGCUUUGGGAGUACAGAGAUUGGAUGGCCCUGAGCAAAGACCCCCUCACCCCAUACUCCCGCAGCACCUCCCACAGUAUCUCCCUGGGAACCCGGUCAUACGCCUUCUCCAAAUCCACAAAGCACAUGUAGACCGGAUGAGCGUACUCCCAGGCCCCCUCCAGGAUCCUUGCGAGAGUGAAAAGCUGGUCCGUCGUUCCACGACCAGGACGAAAUCCGCAUUGUUCCUCUUCAAUCUGAGGUUCGACAAUCGGCCGGACCCUCCUUUCCAGCACCUUAGAGUAAACUUUCCCGGGGAGGCUGAGUAAUGUGAUGCCUCUGUAAUUGGCACACACCCUCCGAUCCCCCUUUUUAAAGAGAGGAACCACCACCCCGGUCUGCCACUCCUUCGGUACUGAGGCCUCUCUCAUCUUUUUAAAUGGGAGAACUUGCACAAUUGGUGACUGACUAAAUACUUUUUUGCCCCACUGUAUGUACGGAACGGAAGAGAAGAAUAUGUUGAAAUGCUUUUAGAAAAAAAAAAAAAAUGCUGCACUGUAACAGAAUCGGCUGCUUCUUCCCUGAGAAAAAGGACUGAAAAACCCCGCCUUCUGACCCCUGCCUUCUCCGCUUCUCCUUACCGGGUUUUUAUUCGGAUCUUCGAUUUUAAAGCCAUCUGUAAAAAUGUUAGAGUUUUGCUCCUGUCUUCUCGAUCACACAAAAAGAAAUAUCAACGGAUAAUUUAAAUGAGAAUUUGACCCCAAAAAUGGCCAUUUGUUGAUCAGUAACUCAACAUGUGUUACCUUGAAUUCUGGGAAAUGUGGUAUUUCCCGCAUGCCUCCUCAGGUAACGAAUAAUCAAAGUCUUACUGAACAAUUUUAAAAUAUAUUUUCCUAAACUCUCACAUAUAUCCAGUUAUUAUGCUAAUUACACUAAAACUUUGGAAUUUGAAGACAACAAAGGCCUUGGAAGUAUUUGAAAAUGUACAUAUGUUCAUUAAAAGUGCUUGAAUUGAUCAUUUCUUGUAAGAAUAGAAAAUUCAAGUUCUAUUAUUAUUGUUAUUUUUACAGUGAGCUUCCGUAGAAUCUGCUUGAUCUCAUUGUAAACAUUCUACCAUUGUAACCCGUGUGUCAAUCUAUGGGUUGGUUUCUGGAAUUUGAGGGGAAUAGGGCCUGGAAAGUCCUUGAAUGUUGAGAAUUAGGUAUAUACACUUCCAGAUAAAUAGUGUUCAGGCAACUAACGCAUUUGAGUGUGUUAAAUAGUUUUACUAAAGAGAAGCAAUCGGCAUACAUGCGCAUAAAUGAAACAUGAGAGUUUGUAAACAGAUGUCUUGAUGUAGUUAGCUUUACCCCAUUUCUAUUCAUCAAGGCUUUUUUAAUUCUUCGUUAACAGUCGAGGCAUGUGAGAAACACUUUUAUUCAAGGUGACACGGGGUGAGUAACUGAUACAGAGAUGAUGGUUUUUAUGGGUGAAGUCUUCCUUUAAGACACACUCUUUCCAGAUCGUGACAUCCAGAUGGAAAGAAGUAACCGAGGUGAAUUCUUCUUUGAACCAAGUGUCUUCUUCCCUCCACUUUCCUAUGAUUGUCGCCCUCAUGUAUGGAUGGUUGCAGGGUUCGCUGCACAGACACGUGUGUAAGAGGUCACUUAAUGUUCCAGCUUUACCAAAUGAUACCCAACGGGCCGGUUUCCUGAACACUGGAGUCUGUGUGAAAGUCCAAUUUUUUUUUUCUGUAUGUGGGAACAGACUGCAAACUGCUCAGGAAACCGCCCCCUGCUGAGAUGCUUCUGUACCGGCUACAGAGCAGUGGGCCGGACCCAGACACACACACAAAACAAAGACCCCAUAUACUUUAUGGAAGAACUCUCUAUUUCCCUUUGUAACGUUCUGUUUCUCACACUGCAUUAUGCAUGAGGUCCUCGAAUAUCUACUUUUUAUUUGUUGUUUUUUUUCUGUUGGUUGACCUGAUGUUGUUUACUUGAAUUUCAUGUAUAGAAAUGACCUUGUUACUUGUGUGAGGUACAACAAAGUCACAAUGAAGAUAACCGAAAAAAUGCUACAUCAUGUGCUUUCCUUGAAUAACUACAGAGGUAAUAUAUUUUUGUAUUUUUAAAAAUGUACGCAAACUCGUAUAAAUGUAACUGCUAACCAAAAGAAAAAGAAAAAAAAAAGAGGAGGCGGAGGAGGAAUCAUGCAUCAAUGUGCAACAUCCUCACACAGAAGCUAGUAGGUUGAAAUGAAUGAGAGGAGGAUAUUCGAAUGAAGGACGUCGGAGUACGGUCCUCACAUCAAGUGGAGGUCUGUAAGCACAAUACAGAGGAAGACGCUACCCUGCAUGUUUUAAAAAAAAGAUCCAGUCAUGUGUUAGUUAUAUAUCCAUCUGUAUAUAUCAUUAAACCUUUUCAAAUAUUCGUUUUACUCAUCCUCAUAUGUCUGAUAAGAAACUGUAUGCAUUCAUUUAUUGUACUGUUGAAUAAAAACAUUGCUCCCUAAGGAGACAGAUCUUA